UUAUGAACUUCUACAAAGAACUGGAUAACGUGACAGACGUAACGGAAUUCAUAGAACGUUUCGUCGAAAAGGACACAAUUGAUCCAAAAUUAGGCUUACAAGGAACCUUCAGACGCAGUGUAGAACGCGCAAAUGUACAAAUACCCAAGGCAGCUAAUUGUAUACCCGAGAGCACCGUUGUACCGCUCACACCACUCGAACCGUCACGUGAUCCCAAAGUCGUCUACUUUCCGAAAUGUACGCGCGUGAAACGGUGUGGCGGCUGCUGUGGUUCGCAGCUGAUGUCGUGUCAACCCACCGAAACCGAGACAAUCAACUUUGAGGUGACCAAAAUUUACCAUGGCGACAGUACGCGCAUACGUGGCAAGGAGAUCGUUGUGGUGGAGCAGCAUACAAGGUGUCAGUGUGACUGUCGCAUCAAGGCGGAGGUAGGUAGGCGGGAUUGCAAUUCAUACCAAAUUUAUCGUCGUGACAUGUGCAGUUGUGUGUGUACGAAUGAGGAUGCGCUGCAAAAAUGUUUAUCGCAAGAGCACAAAUACUGGGAUGAAACAACUUGCCGAUGUGUCUGCCGUGAUAGCCAAUCCUGUACGACUGGCACAAUAUUUGACGAAAGUCAGUGCGCUUGUAUUGAUCCUAUUGAUGAUGGCAGCAGCAUUGAAAGUUCCACUUCUAGUGCAAUUUCACUGCUCAAUCGCAGACGUUUCAUUGUCAAGGCUAUACCAGUUGAGGUAAAACCGGACGAUAGUACGCGCUAUUCGCUCUAAGAAGGAAACCUAAUAGAUCUUACUUACUUACAUGCAUAGGUGAAAGGAAGGAAGAUUGAGGCACAAAAGAGUUGAAUGCAUGUUUUAAUGUAAAAUAUCAAUUUAAAAUUCAGUAUUUGUUAAAUGCACGUUUUUAAAUAAGUUAAAAUUAUACAUAGCAACAUACUACAUAAGUAUACAUAUACAUACAUAUAUGUACA